AUGCCCAAAGCCUUGAUCCUUGUUGCAGAUGGAUCUGAAGAGAUUGAGUUUGUCACUCCUUAUGAUGUGUUGACCCGAGCGGGAUUCGAAGUCAAGAGUGUAGGUGUAUCGCUCCAAAACGAAGCAUAUGCCCACAUGUCACGUAAUAUCCGCAUUGUACCUGACUACUCGAAUCUCAACUCUGUCCCUUUGCAACCUGCUCAUGAGCACUUUGACGUGCUCAUUCUACCUGGGGGCGGACCGGGAUCGAAGACCUUUUGCGAGAGCGAUGCCGUUUUGAAACUAAUUCAUGACUUCCAACAGGCUGGGAAGUGGGUUGCUGCAAUCUGUGCAGCGACUACUGCACUAGUCGCUUCAACGAAGAAGUUUGACAAAGAGAAGAAAAGGGUCACCAGUCACCCGAGUGUGGCAGAAGAAAUCAAAGUUGGGGGCUGGCAGUACAGUGAAGAUCGACUGGUCGUGGAUGGAAAGGUCAUCACGAGUCGCGGACCGGGCACUGCGAUGCUGUUUGCGCUCACGAUUGUUGAAGUCAUCAGCGGAAAAGAGAAGAGAGACGAGAUUGCAGGACCCAUGGUACUAGCUGAGAAGUUGUAG